AUGGCGCAGCAGCAGGAAGUGGAUUUCGAGAAGAAGCUUUUAGAUGUUCGCUCUGAGUUUGUGAAGAGAGUGUCUGAGGAAAUCCUGAUGCAGCUCCUCGAUGACCUGGAAACAGAUGGUGUCUUUAAUCUUUCGGAGAAACGGGCGAUACUUGAAGGGAACCAAAUAUCAGCAAACAAGGCCCGGGAGACCAUUGAUGCUGUGAGGAUGAAAGGACAGAGAGCCAGUGACAUCAUGAUCAAACGUCUUCAUCAAAUAGAUCCGACUCUGUCCAACCAGCUGGGUUUGUCCUCUUUGUCUCCUGCUAAAGAUUUUCAUAUUCAGUGUCAACAUGACCAUAAACAGUCUGUGAAGACGAUGUUCCAAAGUUUCUGUGAAGGCAUCGCUGAACAUGGAAAUCAAACCGUUCUGAACCAGAUCUACACAGAGCUCCACAUCACAGAGGGGUUAACUAGAGAGGUUAAUCAGGAACAUGAGGUCAGACGGAUUGAAACGGCAUCCAGGAAACAAGAAACAAUCAGAAGAGAAGACAUCUUUAAAGCCCCACCUGGAAGUGAUCAACCAAUCAGAACAGUGAUGACCAUGGGAGUGGCUGGCAUUGGRAAAACACUGUUAACACAGAAGUUCACUCUGGACUGGGCUGAAGGCAGAACCAACCAGAACAUCCAGUUUAUAUUUCCAUUCACUUUCAGAGAGCUGAAUAACUUGAAAAAGAAAAAGUUCAGCUUGCGUCUCUGA